AUGAGUAGUGAUAACCAUGGUCUUGCAUCAGCUAUGAGCACAUACUUGCGGAGACAGCUCUGUUCUGCUGGGAUAGUCACGCGUGUUCUUGAAGGUAUAAUAAAAAAACAUUUCAGCAACCAAGUGCGCGAGUCUCGCAGAUCAGCCAAAUCCACAAAAAGAAAAAACACUGCCACAAGAAGACGUCAGCAUGAUGUGGCACUUCUUCACCAGUGUGGACUUACAUACAAAGAAAACAAAAAUGCAAUUGACAAGUUUAUGGAUAAAGUUGACUGUGCCCAUGCUAUCCAGAAAGCCACCAUGUCUGACAAAGAGUCUGAUGAUAAGAAUUCUCUCCAAAAGCUCUUUACUUCCCUUGACAAGUAUUCCACUUUGAAGACAAAGAAAAGAACUGCAAGAAAGAUCACACGUGUUUGGGCUAUGUGUGACGCAGCUGUACCAACUAAUUUAAAAGUCCCAUUAGCUCAAUAA